GGAAAGACUCGGAAGGAUUGGCUGGCCCUCCCCAUAUAGCGGACUCCGUCGAAAACAUGAUUUUUUCCAAGGACUCCAGUAUACAGUAAUGACCAACUUAAAUUCCAAUAUGUUUUGUAGGCCUGAGCAAUUUUUUUAAAUAAAACUACAUCUCCCAGAAACCUCCGCGGAAAUGAGUCUCACCUUGCGUAAUCACGUAAUCCUUCGCCGCCUUUGAACAAAGUAAUCCCUUCAUUUUUCGCAAGGUAUAGCAAUAAUACUUCAUUUUUCUCCCCACCGGAGCGAUUUUUACAGUUUCUUCAACAAAAGAGGUUACCUGUGGGAACUUGGUUAAGCGACCAAAUAAAAGGGGGGAAGAACAUAAAAAUAAAUUACUGCGGAGGAAUUUUUGUCAAGCUGUGAGACGACGGAGUCAGAAGAGUGAAGGCGAUUGAGAGGGGCUCAGGGAAUUGUCCUUUGUGCAAGGGACUUUCUUUAGGCCCCAGGCCCCUGCCUGCCCCUACCGUCAGCAGGCCAGUAGAAGAGCACAGGCAUAGGACCAAGGGCACAUUGGGAUCAAGUGAGGAUUCAGCCGGUGGUUUCCCACUAUCUUCUGAAGCAGACAUUGAGAAGGAUGGACACCUUGAUGACUAGUUCCACUCUACCUCCCCUUUUUGCGGAUGAGGAUGGCUCCAAGGAGAGUAACGAGCUGGCUUCCACUGGGUUACCCCAUCCAGAGGUACCUUACAGUAGUGGAGCUACGUCAUCUACCAAUAAUCCAGAAUUUGUAGAGGAUCUCUCCCAGGGACAGCUGCUUCAGAAUGAGUCUUCAAAUCUGGCAGAAAGCAAUGAGCCAAGGCACGAAGAUGAGCAAAGAAGUAAACGUGGAGGUUGGUCCAAGGGUCGAAAGAGAAAGAAACCUCUUCGAGACAGCAAUGCACCCAAGUCCCCUCUUACGGGUUAUGUUCGGUUCAUGAAUGAGCGUCGGGAACAGCUUCGAGCAAAAAGACCAGAAGUCCCAUUUCCAGAAAUCACAAGGAUGUUAGGCAAUGAAUGGAGUAAACUUCCUCCUGAGGAAAAGCAGCGCUACCUUGAUGAAGCAGACAGAGAUAAGGAGCGUUACAUGAAGGAACUGGAGCAGUAUCAAAAGACUGAGGCGUACAAGGUCUUCAGCAGGAAAACACAGGACCGUCAGAAAGGCAAAUCCCAUAGGCAAGAUGCAGCCAGGCAGACCACUCAUGAUCAUGAGAAAGAAACAGAAGUAAAGGAACGAUCUGUCUUUGACAUCCCAAUAUUUACAGAGGAAUUCCUGAACCACAGCAAAGCCCGGGAGGCGGAGCUGCGCCAGCUGCGCAAGUCCAACAUGGAGUUCGAGGAGCGGAACGCGGCCCUGCAGAAGCACGUGGAGAGCAUGCGCACGGCCGUGGAGAAGCUGGAGGUGGACGUGAUCCAGGAGCGCAGCCGCAACACGGUCCUGCAGCAGCACCUGGAGACUCUGCGGCAGGUGCUCACCAGCAGCUUCGCCAGCAUGCCCCUGCCGGGAAGUGGAGAGACCCCAACAGUGGACACCAUCGACUCGUAUAUGAACAGACUGCACAGUAUUAUUUUAGCUAAUCCCCAAGACAAUGAAAACUUCAUAGCUACAGUUCGAGAAGUUGUGAAUAGACUUGAUCGUUAAGGAAUGGUUUUAGAAUUCCAAGAGGUUCUGUUGGUGGGUUUGCUUGUGAGGAUUGAGAAGCCUCCCUUGGACAUUUGGACUGAACCCAGGCAGAGUGGCAGUGCAGACACGUCUGCUUUCGAGAGUCGUCAGCCCGGGAGUGGAAAGCCUUCAUCCCACGAAGCCACCCGAGGAGCCACAAAGAGAACACGUUUCAAAUCUUCCUCCACGACUGUCCUUGUGAAGUUCCAAAGGGCACUGCCCCCCUGCCAGCUCUCUGCAUUCCUGUGGGAGUGCCCUGGGCCCCCCACACUGAUACCCGCAGCCCAGGGGAGGCCUUCUCCCCCCACCUCAUUCCCGAAGACACCUUCAGCAGUCGCGCUCCAGCUUUCUUACCUAGCUAUCCCGCACUCGUUUUUAAUGCCUUGGGGGAAAUGUUUCUAUCCCACGUGUGUGUGCGUGCACACGCACGCAUGCACACACACACACUCACUCACACACACACACACACACACAAGUUAGACUUCCAUUCUCUCACCUCUAAGCCUGGUGGCCCAGCGGGGAUCUGCAGAGAACUUCUCUCCGUGGACACACCCAGUCUUCCCCCCUUGCCUGUGGCCCGGCGCUGUGAGGGCCGCUCGGCCCGGGCACUGCCCGACACUUGCUGCACUGUCCACCCCCCACUGUUGGCAGCUUUUUUUUACUGGAGCUUUUAUAUUUUUUUUUCCUUUUUCUGAGAUAAAGGUCACUGGUCACACAAAGAAUGGGGAAAGGCAUUUGGUAUUGGGGAUGGGCAAAGGCCACAAAGUUUGUCCUAAGUGAUAACUAAGGGAGUCCGUGUCUGCCCUCGGCCUCCCCAGCUCGUGUGAGCGGCGUUCUGAAUAGUCAGUCGGCUUGAGCUGACCGGGGCACAGAGGAGUUCGCCGUUGUCUUCCUUCUGUAGCAGAACUGCAGCAUCCGUGGCCACAGGACAGGCUCCCCCUCCUUUGCAAGGGAUGUUUUCUGACACCAGAAGGAAAGUGGGGGGAUUCUGGUUCUCACCUCAGGGUCGGGGUGGGCUGGAUGCAGGAGGGCGGGAGGCUGCCUGUUCUAGCCGAGAUCUUUGGAACCGAAGCAGGGCGUGCUGAGUCCCUUGUCCAGGCACUGCGCCACCAAGGCAGGUGGCAGCUUGCCCCUCACAAUAUGCUCAGGAGCCCGCGUGUGCGCCAGGAACCCCGCCGUGCUGCCGCACACCAUCCUGUCUUCUCAGCAUCCCCUCACCCGCAUUGCUUUAUGAACCCAAAGGAAACAAACAACGGAACAACCUUUUAUAUGGCGUAUGUGAUCACACAUCAAAUUUCCUUGCAUGGAAGCCCACCCCCCACCCCACCCCCCAUGCCACCACUUGGCAACUUCGUCAGGUGCCCAUUGUUGUCUUCUUACCCUAAGCCUCGCCAGCUCACCUGCUUCUCUGCGUUUUCCGCUUCUCCCGUUCUCCCCGCUGUUCCUGUCACUUGUCAGACUGCUGAGUGCAAGCUGGAACACGCUGUCUCUGGCAGGACACUGAUGCCGGCCUGCGGCCAGAUGCCUCCGAGCCUCUCCUUCCUUACUCUGAUAUUUCUCUUUCCUCCCAAGUGCUAGUUCUGUGCAGCUCUGUUAGCAGUGCCAUCGACCAAGAAAGGCUGAGGCUUGGUCCAAAGAUAAUCGUCCUCCUGAUUCUGGGUAAAACACCUGACAUGGACUUGAAAUUCUCACAGAUUGAGAAAUUUGCAAGACCUCCAGGGAUCUGGUGGGUUGAGACCAUUUCCACCCCAUCCAUAGAAGCAGCCUUGGGGAAAUUGCCGGGUCCUCCAGUAGACUCGCUGGAUGCUUGGAUUCAGGGACUACAAAACUGUCAGACUCUGUAUAGGAAAUCUGUGCGUCCCCCACCCCCACCCCUCUCCCCUCUUGUCCACUCAGAGGUGGGAAAGAAAGUUCCAGGCUAAUUCCCGAUUCCCAGUUAUCUUGUAGAUACCACUGCACUUAAAUGUCUUCUCCAGAAAUAAGUUGUUGCCUAUUCAGUGUUACAGAUUUCUUUUUAGUUAAAAGCAAGGAACAGCUGAGGAGAGUGAGACAAAGUGUUUUAUUUCUGACAAAAUUCAGUUUCAGGGUGGGGGGAAAUGUGUACAUGUGUUUGAAAGUGUUGAAAUGCCAAGGUUUCUGUAUAAGUGUUUUUGUAAUUAAACUUUUUAGAUUUUUCUUUGUUUUUUAAGAAGUCAAAACGCUUGCUUGACAUUUGCCUCAUUAAAACUUUUCUAUAUUGAA